AUGGGUAAUAAAACAUUAUGUUGUUCUGGCUCUGACCAUUUUGGAAGCAGCUCAAAAAUGAGCUUAUAACCUAAUAUUGCUGCUCAUGCAUCCUUUGCUGGUUGCCAAAUUAAAUUAAGUUACAGCAAGCUUUUAUUUAAUGAAGAUGUAGACACAAUAGUUCUUAUUGUAAGUACGAGAUUAAAAAUGGGAUAAAACAUGGAGGAUCUACUUAAAAAAUAUGGAGGAUAGACUGUAAUGAAUGAACUGAAAUAAGUACGUUUAAAUGAAGGUGGAAAACUGGAAUUAGGAUAAGUAGUACAUACGCAUGCAGGAGAUAUGGACUUUGAUUACAUUAUAUAUACAGUACUUUCAAGCGGUUGUGAAACUACUAUGAUGAUGCCAAAAAGUUCUUAUAUCACUGAUGGUUCUACUGAUUUUCAACCAAGUGAAUCAUUACAGGAGGGUUUAAGGUAAUAAAUAGAUGGAGUCCAUAUAUAUACAGAUAAAAUGAUUGACUCAUAAUAAACACACGAGAGAUAAAACAUCUAUGAAUGCAUGAUUAAUUGUUUACAAUUAGCAGCAAACCUAGGUGUAAAGUCAAUCGCAUUUCCAUUGUUGGAACCAUUCAAUGGGCAUAUUUCUAAAUCUAAAAUAGCAGCAAUUAUGCUAUUUGCUAUUAAGUAGUUUUUAAAAGACAAUCCCAAGAGUUCUUUAGAAGAAAUUAAAAUUAGCUCUUAGGACACUUAAGUAAUUCGUUUAUUUAAAUACAUCAUUAAUCAUAUAUUGUGUGAUAACUAAGACACUACAAUUGAUCCAAAAAAUAGGUCUGGAAUAAAAAACAAAGACUUGAAAGUUAGUACUAUAUAUAGCAGCGACUAUGAUGAAAAUGAGUAAAUUGAUUAAAUGAAGGUUGACGAUUUAAUGAAAUUUUUCCACGCUUAUGAUGGCGGAAAUGAAACGAACAAACGAAAAAGUUCUUUUUGA